CACGUGACCUCUGUUCACGUGUCUCCCCAGCCGGCUGGGACAUGAGGUACCGUGGAGUCCGAGCGGCUCAGCUCGCCUCUAUUUGCUGACCAGCACAAAACAGCUCAAACUCAUCACUCUGCUGACGGCGGACCUUUAGCAAAGAGAAAAGAAGAAAUUGGGGCCAGAGAGAGAGAAGUGAGGAGAAUCAGAUCCCAGGCGUUUGGGGAGAAGGAGCUGUAAGGAGCAGCACCCCCUCCACCGUAGCCCUUAUCAGGUGGGAACAGCAGGCUGAGAAGAGCCAGAGCCCACAGGCCUCCUGGGAGAACAGCUCUGAACAGGGGAUGUGGUGGUGAGGCAGAAUCUGCAGACCCGGCCGGAAGAGGGCUGUCAGGACUAUGGCCCAGGUCAGCAUCAACAGUGACCUUGGCGAGUGGGGCUUCAGCACGGAUGCUGGGGAGCGGGCCCGUCUGCUGCAGAGUCCCUGUGUGGACUCGGACCCGAAGAGUGAGGGGGAGGCCUCUCCUGAAAGUCUGAGCAGAGGCACCACGUCCUCGUUUGGGGCCAUCUUCAUUGUAGUCAACGCCUGCCUGGGGGCAGGACUGCUCAACUUCCCAGCAGCCUUCAGCACCGCCGGGGGCGUGGCCGCGGGAGUCACCCUGCAGAUGGGCAUGCUGGUUUUCAUCAUCAGCGGCCUCGUCAUCCUCGCCUACUGCUCCCAGGCCAGCAACGAGCGGACCUAUCAGGAGGUGGUGUGGGCUGUGUGUGGCAAGCUGACGGGCGUGCUGUGCGAGGUGUCCAUUGCCAUCUACACCUUCGGCACCUGCAUCGCCUUCCUCAUCAUCAUUGGGGACCAGCAGGACAAAAUUAUAGCUGUGUUGGCAAAGGAGCCUGAGGGGGCCGGUGGCAGCCCCUGGUACACGGACCGCAAGUUUACCAUCAGCCUCACGGCCUUCCUCUUCAUCCUGCCCCUCUCCAUCCCCAGGGAGAUCGGCUUCCAGAAGUAUGCCAGCUUCCUGAGCGUCGUGGGCACCUGGUACGUCACUGCCAUCGUUAUCAUCAAGUACAUCUGGCCGGAUAAGGAGAUGACCCCGGGGGACAUCCUGACCAGGCCAGCUUCCUGGAUGGCCGUGUUCAAUGCCAUGCCCACCAUCUGCUUUGGAUUUCAGUGCCACGUGAGCAGCGUGCCCAUCUUCAACAGCAUGCGGCAGCCCGAGGUGAAGACCUGGGGCGGGGUGGUGACGGCCGCCAUGGUCAUAGCCCUCGCCGUGUACAUGGGCACAGGCGACCCCUGUGAAAGGGUCGUUCGACCCCGAAAGGGGUCGAGACCCACAGGUUGAGAACCGCUGGUCAAGUAGGAGAGAGUCUAUCGAGAGAAAAGCAGGAAUCCGGGAUUUCAGACAGUUGAGGGCCACAGUGAAACGGGACAUGUGAGUGGGACUGGGAGGGGCGCCUUUGGGGGAUGGUUCACAGAAGGCUUCUCUCUGAGGGGGUGCAUUCGGGGAGGCCCACAUGAUGAGACAGAGUCAGAGUCAGAAGGGGCAGAGGAAGAGCAUUCCAGGCAGAGGAACCAGAACCUGCCGAGUCCCUGAGCAGGGACCGAAGAAAGGUGUGUGUGGCUGGGGUGGAGCCAGGUGGGGUGGGCGACAGGGCCAGGUCCCCUGGGGCCUGGAGGAUUGCUGGGAGCCAGAGCGAAAGUGUCGCAGGCAGGUGUGUCCGUGAGAGAUGGCUGUGGGUGCUGUGGGGAACGGCUGGGAUAGGGAGCAGGGCUGGGAGACCUGGAGGAUGGCCCAGUGAUUCCUCCACAGGCGGUUCUGGGGCCUCUGCCUCUGAAGACACAGCCAGGAACCAGGCAGGCCCUGUCCUCCUGGGGCUCAUGUUCUGCUUGGAGAAGCAGAUCAUAAGUUAAAAAAGAAAAGGAGCCCUAACCCGUCUGGCUCAG